AUGUCUCAAGUCCGAGUUGCAGUAACCCAAGCCGAGCCAGUCUGGCCUGACCCAAACGCAACGUUUGUAAAAACGUGCAAACUCACCAGCGAAGCAGCGGAGAAUGGGUAUCCAGCUGUCCUCAAACCCAACCCAUUUCCAAAUCCAAUUCUAACAUACAAUGAGUUCAAGUUCCACGACAGCGCCGCCACCUGCAAAAUAGUCGUCGUCCUCGGCUUCUCAGAGGAUACCAAUGAUUCACUAUAUAUCGCGCAGGCAAUCCUCGACGCAGACAGCGGGAUCCGGCCGACUACGAAGAGAACCAAAGCGAGGCAUAUGGAGCGGACGAUCUUUGAUGAUUCAUUCGGUGAUUGUCUAGACGGUGUAGCUGAUAUAGCAGCCGGCCGUGUCGGUGCAUUAUCUUGUUGGGAACCUAUCCAGCCUUUAGUAUAUAUGCAUAGCGAGAGCAAAUUCAUGUUGCUGCUUGGCCGCCGCUUUUUGAUGAUGGGGAGGGGUUGUAUUCUAUGUCGCGGAAUGAUCAGUUUCAUCGGUGACUUGAGUUAA